UCACUUUGGUCGUUGCUCGCUUCUUGUAUUGUUCAGUGGAAAUGCGAAUAGUGAUUGGCUAAGUUCGGAUUUCGUCUAUUCUGGCACUUGCGGUGUGAUCUUGAAGGUUGCGGUGUGCGGAUAUUAUUACUCGAUUUGUAUUGCGAAAUAGCGCUAAGUUAAAAUUAGUGCGACACUCAAUUAUUUUGUGUACAAAAUUGUUGUGAAUUAAUUAAUUAUUUGUGUGGUUGCAACUGUUCCGAGGAAAAUACAAAAUGUUCAGCGGAAUCGCAGGUGCGUUUCGAAGCAUUGGAGAAAAAACUGCAUCACUCUUCGAUCGGAAGAAGAAAGAUGCAGAGCAACUCGCUUCGGAGAAGGUCUCCGAGGCGGCGCACGUUGUUGAAGACCAGGUCAAGAAGGCUGGAGAGCUAGUCACCGGUGCGGAGAAGAGUGCAUCUGAUGCUGCUAACUCUGCUGCCAACGCUAGAAAUUCAGCAAUCGAUGCCCUGGAUAAAGAACUAGCGAAAGUAUCCGUUGCAGCUGGUGAAGCAAAGGACGCCGCUAACAAAGCUGUGGCAGAUGGCAAGAAAGUCGUUGAUACUACUAAAGAUACUCUCGCUACAACAGUAGAUAACACUAAAAAGGCCGCAGAGUCUGCUAUAACUUCAGCAAAAGAAACAGUAUCAACUGCUUUACAAAGCACUGUAGAUACAACGCAGAAAACAGCACAAUCUGCUAUUGAUACCGGAAAGUCGUACGCUUUAGGCGCUAAAGAUACUGUAUCGAGUACAUUACAAAACACUGUGGAUACGACGCAGAAAACAGCACAAUCUGCUUUUGAUACUGGAAAGUCAUACGCUAUAGGCGCUAAAGAUACUGUAUCAAGCACAUUACAAAGCACUGUAGAUACAACGCAGAAAACGGCACAAUCUGCUUUCGAUACCGCAAAGUCAUACGCUUUAGGCGCUAAAGAUACCGUAUCGAGCACUUUACAGAGCACUGUAGAUACAACGCAAAAAACGGCACAGUCUGCUUUUGAUACCGGAAAGUCAUACGCUUUAGGCGCUAAAGAUACCGUAUCGAGCACAUUACAAAGCACUGUAGAUACAACACAGAAAACGGCACAAUCUGCUUUUGAUACCGGAAAGUCGUACGCUUUAGGCGCUAAAGAUACUGUAUCUAGCACAUUACAGAGCACUGUAGAUACAACGCAAAAAAGUGCACAGUCUGCUUUUGAUACCGGAAAGUCAUACGCUUUAGGCGCUAAAGAUACCGUAUCGAGCACUUUACAGAGCACUGUAGAUACAACGCAAAAAACGGCACAGUCUGCUUUUGAUACCGGAAAGUCAUACGCUUUAGGCGCUAAAGAUACCGUAUCGAGCACUUUACAAAGCACUGUAGAUACAACGCAGAAAACGGCACAGUCUGCUUUUGAUACCGGAAAGUCAUACGCUUUAGGCGCUAAAGAUACUGUAUCUAGUACAUUACAGAGCACUGUAGAUACAACGCAAAAAACUGCACAGUCUGCUUUUGAUACCGGAAAGUCAUACGCUUUAGGCGCUAAAGAUACCGUAUCGAGCACUUUACAGAGCACUGUAGAUACAACGCAAAAAACGGCACAGUCUGCUUUUGAUACCGGAAAGUCAUACGCUUUAGGCGCUAAAGAUACUGUAUCGAGCACUUUACAGAGCACUGUAGAUACAACGCAAAAAACGGCACAGUCUGCUUUUGAUACCGGAAAGUCAUACGCUUUAGGCGCUAAAGAUACUGUAUCGAGCACAUUACAAAGCACUGUAGAUACAACGCAGAAAACUGCACAAUCUGCUUUUGAUACCGGAAAGUCAUACGCUAUAGGCGCUAAAGAUACUGUGGCAAAUACUAUUCAAAGCACGGUUGAUAGUUCCAAAAAAACGGCUGAAUCAGCUCUCGAAACAGGAAAAUCUUAUGCUACAAGCGCAAAAGAUACUGUUGCAAGCACUGUUAAUAAUUCUGUAGAAGAAACUAAGAAUAUUGCAAAUUCAGCAGCUGAAGCGACCAAAACUUACAUGGAUAGCGCCAAAGAUUCAGCACAAACCACUUUGCAAUCAGCAUUGGAUUUUUCAACUGGUUAUGCGUUUUCUGCUUAUGACCUUGGAAAGUCAUAUUUAGAUAGUGCUAAAGAAACUGUUGUAAGUACUGUAGACAGUACAAAAAAAGCUGCUGAAAAUACUGUAGAAGUCGGAAAAUCUUACAUGGAUACUGCAAAAGAUACGGUUCAGAGCACAUUUCAAAGUACUGUAGAUUCCACAAAAUCAGCUGCGUCAUCAGCAUUUGAGACAGGAAAAUCCUAUGUUGACACUGCGAAAGAUUCAGUUGCUAAUACUGUGCACUCAACUGUAGAUACCACUAAAAAUGUUGCCACAUCAGCCGUAGAAACUGUGAAAGAUACAGCAGCAAGCACUAUAGAUACAACCAAAAAUGUUGCGGCAUCUGUUGUUGAUAAAAGUUCUUCUUUGUUAGGGAGUGCUAAAGAUACAUUAGCAAACACUGUACACGCGACUGUAGAUACCACUAAAAGCGUAGCGGUAGCAGCUGUUGAUAAAGGAUCAUCAUUAGUAGGUGCAGCUAAAGAUACUGUAGUCAGCACAGUAGACACGGCCAAAAAUGUAGCAGCUUCCGCGGUAGAUAAGGGUGUCGCAAUUGUUGGUAGUGCUAAAGAAACGGUAGCAAACACCGUUCAAUCUACGGUAGAUACAACUAAAAGUGUAGCAUCGUCCGCUGCUGAUAAGGGCGCUUCUCUCGUGGAAACAGCUAAAGGCACUGUAGCAAGCACAUUUGAUACAACAAAGAAUGUAGCUUCAUCAGCAGUAGAUAAAGGUUUUUCAUUAGUGGGCACUGCUAAAGAUACGCUAUCCAGCACUGUAGAUACCACAAAAAACGUAGCGGCUUCCGCUGCCGAUAAAGGGGCAUCACUGUUUGGAUCUGCGAAAGAUACAGUAUCAAGCACAGUAGACACGACUAAGAAUGUGGUUGGCUCUGUGUACGAUAAGAGUGCUUCAGUAGUUUUAGGCGCCAAAGAUACAAUAACGUCUUCGGUUGAGGGCUCCGCCGAUAAUGCCGCAGAUAACACUAAUAGCUUUAUUGAUAGUGCAAAAGAUCUAAUUACAAGCAAAAUGGAUGGCAAAAAAGAAAAUGCUGCGACAGCUAUAGAUAUAAGCGGAACUACAGAAGAAUCAUUCGGUACCGACUCUAUCAACGCGACAGUAGACACGACGAAAAAGACGGCAGAGGAAGCAAAAGCGCAAGCUCUGAAAGCUGCCGAGGCUGCCAAAGAGGAGGCUAAGAGGGCUGCCAACGCAGCAGUGGAAGAGUCGAAGAAGGCGGCUGAAAAAGCCGCAGCCGACGCCAGCAACGCUGUUCACAGCACAGUCGACAGCACUCUGAAGAGGGUUGAGGAUGCCGCCGACCAGGGCCUGAAGAACGCCGGGCAAGUCGUCGACGCUAAGAUCAAGGACGCAGACAAGUACUUGAGCGAGAAGCGGGAUACGCUGGUGUCCAACUUUUCCAACGCAGCACACGAUGGUGCUCAGGGUGCAGCCGGACUCCUCAGCAAGGGGCUUGCAACCUUCCCCAAGUAACCACCUUCGCUUCUCCCCAUCAGUCACCAACUCAUCCCACAUCUGCCUACAUAACUUGGGAAACUAACAGACUGCAUUGUACAUUAUAUUUUUACACACAGACAAAUAAAAAAAACUACGUUUUGUUAUUGCAUUAUAUUACAUUUUAAGCGCAGACUAAAAGGUAAUAGCGCGUAUACUUGCGCUUGCGCAUAUAUACGUGAGCGGAAAGUUUGAUAAUAACGGCACACUAUAUUUAAUCCUGUAGUAGUUAAUUUAAUAAUGUAGUAUCCGCAAAUACGUACAAACAUACAGUUAAAAGUGCUGAAUGUUAAUUUUUAAAUAUUGAAAAUGAAUGCCCCAUUUAAUUAAGUUUGUAAAGUUGAACAAAUAGCAAAAAAAAAAUGGGAAAUUUAGAUUAUACGUUCUUGUUUGGAAAUUACGAUAUGUGCGACACACAGUGUCAUACGUACUAUGUUUUGUUUCGCACAAAAUUGUUGUGCUCUAAUGCUAAGGUUCUGGUUGGCUGGCUUCUCUAGACCUGUUUUUUUAAUUAGAAUACCAUUCUAAUUUCUUUUUUUUUUUGCCAAACAUCUGAUGAAAAAUAACUGUAAAACUUCAAAGACUUCAAUGUUCAGUUACGUUUCCCAUCUCAAUUCGUUAGUUAUAAAUGUUUAACAUUUUGUUUUUAAGUUGUAUGUAAACAUUUAAUAUUUUUAAGAAAAUUAUAUGAAGCUAAAUUUUAAUAACGUAAGCUUAUUUGGAUUACCAUUCAUGUUUAAUAGUACCGGCUCGAUUCUGGGACUAUUUAUGUGAUUUAUUUUCAUUUGAAUUGGCAUAGUUCUUUAUAGCAUUCAAUCUGGAUUAUCUAAUAUGAACGCUCUCAAAAUAGCGUAGUUACUCAUAAGUUUCGUGCUUCAUACAAUUUGUGUUUAAGGCUUACAUUUGUAUCAAUACUAUUUUAAAUUAUAGUUCUAAUUGUUAAGUUUACUAUUAAGGAAAUUUGUUUUGUUAUUAAUGCAUUUGGUAUGCAUUUUCAAUUUGAUAAAAUAAUGCUUUGCAGGUACCGUCCAAAUAUUGCCUUUACAAAUAACAGAUUUAAUAUGAAUAUAUUAUUAUAUGAAACAAUUAGUGCUUUUACAAUAAUUCAUAAAACAACUGCUUUGCAGUCUUUUUUAUAUCGAAUUUUAAGCCACACCUCAUAAAUAUUGUCUCUAUUUUACAUUAUGAUAUGGUAUAAAUACUUGCAUACAAACAUGGUUAAAUAAUUUGCAAUUUACGCUAUUAAGGAAAAA